AUGUCGUGGUUGAGAUCGGCCGUGAACAAAGCGGUGGAGGUGGGGAACAAGAACAACCUAACUCGAGCCGUCAAGAACUACGCCGAUUCCGUUGUUCAUCAAGCCGGUCAAGCCGUCGCUGAAGGCGCCAAAAUAUUUCAAGAUCGCAUUGGGAAUAGGAAUUUUAAAAGUGUGAAGCAGACAGUAAAAAGACUAGAAGAAGCUUCUGUUUCCUGCAGGGGUCCAGAAAGAGUGCAGUUGAUGAGAAGAUGGUUGGCUGCACUUAAAGAAACUGAGAAAUUAUCUGGGGGUUCCUUGGAAGAUAAAGAAAAGAAGAGUGAACCGCAACUCUCAUCUGAAGAACUAAAGGAUAUUCCAAGAAAACCAUCUCCAGUAAGUAAAGCACUACAGGCCUGA